AUGGAAGCACCGACAGCUUCCAGCGAUGCUGCUCUAUCGAGCCCGGUGGAGUCGCGGGACGCGCGGCUGCCCGCGGACUCCCUCGAGGCCACAGCUGCGCUGCUGGAGGCACUCUCACGAGUAAAGGAACUGGAAGGAGAACUGGCCAACGAACGCCGUCGGCGUAUUGCUUUGGAAAACGAAGUGCAACAGCAGAAAGCGCUGAACGUACGCAUCCAGCAGCAGCUGGAAGCCGAAGAAGAGGCCCUAACGAACCGCCUGAACAAACGCCUCAGCGAGCUUCGUUUAGAGAAAGAACAGCUCGCUCGUGAUAUUGAACGAGAGGAGGAGUACUUAACUAAUACGCUCCAGCAGCGCUUGGAGCAACUGAAAAAGGAGAAAAUCGACAUGGAGAACGCUUUAGAGGCAGAGCAGGAGGCUAUUGUCAACCGCCUCCAGCGCGAAGUACAGAAACUUCAAAAGGAAAAAGCAGCGUUGGAAAAGCAGCUGAGUCAGUAUGCACGCUCGAGCUUGGAUCUACCGCCCGCAACACCGAGUGACUCCGAAAGCGAGCGCGACAUUGUUCGCAGGCGGCGUUCAUUCAGCCGCGACUCCAGUCCACGUGUAUCCGCUGCCGCUUUCCGGGCACGUCUGGAGCAGACUCGUCUAGCCGGCCAUAGCAGUUCAAGUGCGCACACCACACCACCUGGUACGCCGCCUCGUCCGAAAGAUCAAGCAUGA